AAUAGCCCCCGACAAUAUGGCGGACACCAGCAAGAAGUCGACAGUUCCGUGCAUGGGACAUAAAAAUAAUCGAAACGAAAAGUUGAAGAGCCAGUCUUGUAACGGCACAAACCCAGAAAAUAUGUCCAGUUCUGAUACAUCGGAUCUACGAAGCAUACUGGUCACUAGCGUUCUGAAUUUAGAGAAAAUCGACACGGAUCUUUACAGUGGAAAGCAUCACUGGGUACCUCGCACUCAACGUCUCUUUGGGGGCCAGAUUGUUGGACAGGCUUUGGUGGCUGCUGCCAAUUCUGUCACAGACCAAUUCUUUGCCCACUCUCUUCACUGUUACUUUGUAAGAGCAGGUGACCCCAAAGUUCCAGUAUUGUACCAGGUGGAGCGGACACGAGAUGGCCGCAGUUUCUCUGUGCGCUCGGUCAAGGCCAUCCAGUACGGGAAACCCAUUUUGAUCUGUCAGGCGUCCUUCCACCUCCAACAGUCCAGUGUCCUGGAGCACCAGUUCACCAUGCCCUCCGUCCCACCGCCCGAGGAGCUAUUUACUGUUGAGGAGCUCAUCCAGCAGUACCUCAGUAUUCCCAAUUUGGCAGACAAGGCCAGACAAGGACUUAAUAAAAUCCUGGCAGAUGAGGUCCCCAUUGAAAUCAAGCCAGUUAAUCCACCUGAUUUCUACAGACGUGUUGCCAUGGAACCAAAGAAACUCUUCUGGGUUCGAGCAAGAGGGCAUAUUGGGGAAGGCGACAUGAAACUGCACUGUUGCGUGGCUGCGUACGUGUCGGACUACUCAUUCCUGGGCACCACUGUGCUGCCCUACCCGGAAUACAGGGCCCAGUUCUCAGCCUCCCUCGACCACGCCAUGUGGUUCCACAACACCUUCCGCGCUGACGAGUGGAUGCUGUAUGAGUGUGAGAGUCCAUGGGCAGGAGGCAGCAGGGGUCUGGUCCAGGGCCGGCUGUGGAGGCAGGACGGGGUGCUGGCGGCCUCCUGUGCCCAGGAGGGAGUGCUCAGGAUGCAGGCCCUGUCUGAGAGCAAACUCUAGCGCAGACAUGCUCACCUCUGGAACUCAAAGCACCCAAAUCCAGUCUUGGCUUCCUGGAAGUAUGCUGAAGGCUGUUGAUUUGAAAGUGCCCCCAUUGGAAAAAAUAGAUUCAUAGGAAUUUUCUGGAAGACUCCUGGAUACUGACAGGGUGCAUCAUUUUUCCAGGGGGGUGCAGCCUUACACGGCAUGGUGUCGAACUGACCCUAAUCCCAAAACACAUCCCAUAUAUUAAUUAUGUAAUUUUAAUGGCUUCACGUUUCGUUACUCCCCAGUGGUUCUGACUGACAAGUGGUAAAUGGCGUCCUGCUGCGAACAUGCAUAAAAUAUAAAAGCAUCUCACUUGACCAAAUAUAAAUAUAAAUACAGUGUAGUUCCGAUUGAAGGGUCGUGGUACAUGGAUAUAAUUUGAGGACCAAAAAAAAAUGUGACAGGUUUCUUUAGUUCUUUAGUGUCCAUUAUGGCUAUGUCUUUUACUCAAAUCUUAUCAGUCUUACAUGCAAUU